CAUGCAUUAGUUUAUUUUUUAACAACAUCCAUACGAUAGUAAUUUUAUUAUGAAAAGUAGUUUCUUUUUGAUAUGUCUUGUAAAAAGCAGUUGAGCGAGAAAGCUCUAAAAUGAUAUAUCUUUGUAAAGAUAGCUGAGAUAACUAACAGUGUUUAUCAUUCCAGCCUCUCUGCUACCAUAAAUAAACUCAUGUGCUCAACGAAAUGCAUAUGAUACAACACUCUUAAGCCUAAACACUCUCUUAAACCAUAAACAUGAAGCCUUCACUUCCAACUCUUUUUCUUGUUGUUUUAUGUGCGACAGCUUUGGUUCCUCAGGGUGAAUCCCAGUAUGAAGAGGAAAAGCUGUUCUUCAGGCGUCCAUGGCCUUUUUUCAAGUUUCCGUUUCAACAUUAUAGAUUACCUCAUUACCCUAUGCUGCCGCAUUACCCUAUGCUGCCGCAUUACCCUGUGCCAAUGAAGAAGCCAGCUAUUAGCGGUGAGUGCAUUAAGGCAAAGUUGGCUUUGUCAGACUGUGUUAAAGAGAAGCUGGUUUCCACCUGGUAUUCGAAGCCUCUUGUCAAAGAUUGUUGUGAUCCGAUUUUUAACCAUAAGAAGAGUUGUCCUGGUUUUAUUGUUAUGAUUGAUGAGCAUUUGAUCCCACAAUAUAUUAAGUAUGCUUGUCAUGCUCAUGUUCACCCUGUACACCCUGUUCAGCCUAUUCAUAAUAAGCAUGUUACUACUCCUCCUUCCGCUAGUCCUCCUGCUCAUCCUCCAUCUCCUGCUCACCACCCAACACCUUCUGCUCCUGCCCACCCUCCGUCCCCUUCCAAAGGCCCUCCCGCUGGUCAUCCUGCCCAGCCUCCCUCCCCUUCCAAAGACCCUCCCGCUGGUCAUCCUGCCCACCCUCCGUCCCCUUCCAAAGGCCCUCCCGCUGGUCAUCCUGCCCACCCUCCGUCCCCUUCCAAAGGCCUUCCCGCUGGUCAUCCUGCCCACCCUCCGUCCCCUUCCAAAGGCCCUCCCGCUGGUCAUCCUGCCCACCCUCCGUCCCCUUCCAAAGGCCCUCCCGCUCGUCAUCCUGCCCACCCUCCGUCCCCUUCCAAAGGCCCUCCCGCCCACCCGCCAUCCCCUUCCAAUGGAUCUUCCCCUACUCCUCCCGCUCACCCUCCAUCCCCUUCCAAUGGAUCUUCCACUAGUCCUCCGCCUCAUCCUCCAUCUCCUUGCAAUGGCUCUUCUACUAGUCCUCCCGCUCACCAUACGUCCCCUUCUAAUGGCUCUUCCCCUAGUCCUCCCUCUCACCAUCCCACCCCUUCCAAUAGCCUUCCCGUUCACCCCCCCUCCCCAUCCAAAGGCCCUCCCGCUAGUCCUCCCGCUCAUCCUCCAUCCCCUUCUAAUGGCCCUCCCGCUAGUCCUCCUGCCCACCCUCCGUCCCCUUCCAAAGGCCCUCCCGCUAGUCCUCCGGCCCACCCCCCUUCCCCUUCCAAAGGCCCUCCCGCCCACACGCCAUCCCCUUCCAAUGGAUCUUCCCCUAGUCCUCCCGCUCACCCUCCAUCCCCUUCCAAUGGAUCUUCCACUAGUCCUCCGACUCAUCCUCCAUCUCCUUGCAAUGGCUCUUCUACUAGUCCUCCCACUCACCAUUCGUCCCCUUCUAAUGGCUCUUCCCCUAGUCCUCCCUCUCACCAUCCCACCCCUUCCAAUAGCCUUCCCGUUCACCCCCCCUCCCCAUCCAAAGGCCCUCCCGCUAGUCCUCCCGCUCAUCCUCCAUCCCCUUCUAAUGGCCCUCCCGCUCACCCGCCAUCCCCUUCCAAUGGCUCUUCCCCUAGUCCUCCCGCUCACCCUCCAUCCCCUUCCAAUGGAUCUUCCACUAGUCCCCCGGCUCAUCCUUCAUCUCCUUGCAAUGGCUCUUCUACUAGUCCUUCUGCUCAUCCUCCUUCUCCUUCCAAUGGCUCUUCCACUAGUCCUCCUGCUCACCCUCCAUCCCCUUCCAAUGGCUCUACCAAUAUCCUUCCCAUUCACCCCCCAUCCCCUUCCAAAGGCCCUCCCGCUCACCCUCCAACCCCUUCCCAUAGCCUUCCUGUUCACCCCCCAUCCCCUUCCAAAGGCCCUCCCUCUAGUCCUUCCAAAGGCCCUCCCGCUAGUCCUCCCGCUCACCCUCCAUCCCCUUCCAAUGGAUCUUCCACUAGUCCUCCGGCUCAUCCUCCAUCUCCUUGCAAUGGCUCUUCUACUAGUCCUCCUGCUCAUCCUCCUUCUCCUUCCAAUGGUUCUUCCACUAGUCCUCCUGCUCACCCUCCAUCCCCUUCCAAUGGCUCUACCAAUAUCCUUCCCAUUCACCCCCCAUCCCCUUCCAAAGGCCCUCCCGCUCACCCUCCAACCCCUUCCCAUAGCCUUCCUGUUCACCCCCCAUCCCCUUCCAAAGGCCCUCCCGCUAGUCCUCCUGCUCACCCUCCAUCCCCUUCCAAUGGCUCUUCCAAUAGUCCUCCCGCUCACCCUCCAUCCCCUUGCAAUGGAUCUUCCACUAGUCCUCCCGCUCAUCCUCCAUCUCCUUCCAAUGGCUCUUCCACUACUCCCGCUCAUCCUCCAUCCCCUUCAAAUGGCUCUUCCACUAGUCCUCCUCAUGCUCAUCCUCCGUCCCCUUCCAAUGGCUCUUCCACUAGUCCUCCUGCUCAUCCUCCAGCCCCUUCCAAUGGCUCUUCCACUAGUCCUCCUGCUCAUCAUCCAUCUCCUUGCAAUGGCUCUUCCACUAGUCCUCCUGCUCAUCAUUCAUCUCCUUCCAAUGGCCCUGCUGCUGGUCCAUCCCCUUCUGCUGGUCAUCAUGCCGGUCCUCCAUCUCCUUCCACCAGCCAUCCUGCUGGUCCUCCAUCGCCUUCCGCUGGCCAUCAUGCUGGUCCUCCAUCAAGUCCUCCUGCCAGUGAUUCUACUAUUCCAAAAUAAUUUUACUCAAAUUAUUAAGAGUAGAUUUCAGUACCUGUUAGCAAGUCUUAGUAGUGGUGGUAAGCUGGUAUUUUUAGUUUUCAAUCUAAGUCUCACUAGAUUGAGCAUAUAGAAUUAUUAGAAUAGGAGCAGAAUAUUUGAUGAUUUUAGUCGUUUUAGGCAAUAAACAAAGUUGCAACGUUUACUUUGAGCUGAUUCAGAUUUGAUUGAAGCACAAUUUAUAUCAUGUUUGUUUAAUUUACUAAUGUAAUUCGUUCUUUUCUAUUAUAUAGUAUUUGUUUCAUACUGUGUAAGGAGAAGUUUAUAUUCCCAGUCCUCAGAGUUACACAGCUCCAACAUUCAUGUCACUAAUUAUAAGCCUAACGUUCCUCGUGAUAUGGUUGAGGCUGAGGAACAUCUGAACCUUGCUUAUUAAGAAUGUCUGCUAAUCCUUUAGCUGCAGACCAGCUUGAGAUUUUAAUUUAAAUUCUGUAUUUUAGUGUCAGUUACCAUUAGUCUGGCUCAUUGGUGGCUCACUGCGUGCUAAACUGCAGAAAUGUCUGAUGCUCUGGUUGUCUCUGUAGCUAGUUUAAAAUGAUUAAGAAAUAAUACAGUGCCUCUUCUUCAACUUCACCGUAUUAACUACCAGUCAAUCACAGGUUAUUAAUGUUCCUAGUUGUUAGUAGGUGCUCGAAUACAUGUAGGCAUUUAAUUUAAAAUCAACCUGUGAGUUUUCAUUUGUUAGUGUUCCGAUUCCUUCAGGCUUUUGACCAAAAACAAACACCUGCAAUUUAGCCUCAUCUAAAUGUCGAGCCUGUUCCAGAACGAAUAUUAAUGUAUUAGUAAGAAGCUGUUAAUAGGUUUAUGGCUUUGACAUUGAAACUUUCUUAUAGUUAUCUGAUAACAUGUGAUGAUAUAUCAUGAUGUGAUUAUAUCAUAUAUUAGACUAAGCAUUAUUUUCCAACCACUUGCAGUACCUACUCUUAAAUUAAGCUGUCAGCAGGAAAUACUCCUUCACUAUAGAUCCUUGUGAAAUACAAUCACCUGCUGAACUGCAGAAAUGUUUGAUGCUCCGUUUGUUGCUGUUACUGGUUUAAAAUCUAUUAAAAUUAAGAUAGGCGAAUGUAGAAUAACAGAUAAAAAUAAGUAGAGAGCCGUUUCUUAGACUUCACCUUAUUAUUACGCAGCGCCACUUGUUCUUAUUAUUAUUGUGAACUUGACGGACUCAGUUGCUGCUCUGAUUCAAUCACCUGGUGAGCAUCCAAACCAAAUGUUUGGAUUUGUAUGUGCGCGAUGAAGACAUUGCAAAGUGGACAGAGAUGUAUAGUAUUGGGCUGUUUGAUUUUGAAGGAAUGCGGAUUCCUCCUCCGUGCUUUAGCACUGGUGAGAUUGUACUGGAGACGUGGACAGGGGAAAACAUUCAUGAUUCUAUCGACCGGAGUACCGGACCACUUAUAUCUGUGACCCUAAAAUUAUUAAUGUUCUCCGUUACAAUGAGAUUGUCACCCUACAGCCAUUUUGGUUUCUGUCCUACAGUCACGUGGAGAGCCUGGUAUGUGUGAAGGGAAUGGUUCAGAUUGGAAAGGAGCGCAGAGACAAGAAUACUAACCCUAAGAUGAAGAAAUGGUAUUUGUAUUCAUGACCUUUGAAUUUUUCUUAUUUCCCCGUACUGUGUUUUUUGAUUGUUUAUGAAAAUUGUAGGUGCUGAGCUUGCUGAUAGGUCUUAGUUAAAGAGCUUGAUAAACAUCCUUAGAAUAUGACAUCGAAGCAAUCCACCUAUUCAUUUGGCUACAGAUCAUAUUGUUAAGUUACCUGUAAGUUAUGAAGAACAUGACUUUAGGCUGUUGCACUAGGCAUAAAUUUAAAAGUUUAUCAGUUCCACCUUAAUAGUCGGGUUCCUUCCAUGCUCCGCUAUUGUCACUUUGAUUUUGUAGUUGCGUUUAAAUUGGCGCAUUAAAAGUAAGCAUAUUGUAGCUAAGGCACUAGGCAUAUUGUCACUUUGAUUUUGUACCUGUUAGCAAGUCUUAGUAGUGGUGGUAGGCUGGUAUUUUUAGUUUUCAAUCUAAGUCUCACUAGAUUGAGCAUAUAGAGUUAUUAGAAUAGGAGCAGAAUAUUUGAUGAUUUUAGUCGUUUUAGGCAAUAAACAAAGUUGCAACGUUUUCUUUGAGUUGAUCCAGAUUUUAUUAAAGCACAAUUUAUAUCAUGUUUGUUUAAUUUACUAAUGUAAUUCGUUCUUUUCUAUUAUAUUAUAUUUGUUUUAUACUGUGCAAGGAGAAGUUUACAUUCCCAGUCCUCAAAGUUACACAGCUCCAACAUUCAUGUCUCUAAUUAUAGGCCUGAUCUGAACAUCUGAAUUUGAUGGUGCAUCGAAAGGAAAUCCUGGACAAGGAGUUUUUUAGCCAGCUGAUGAUGGCCUGUGAUCAGUUACAACAGUUACAGCAACAAACAUUUGCCCUCCAAACUGGAACCAAGAUUCCAACAACGGUGGCUGGUGCAACCCUCCCCGAACUCACUCUGACAUGGCUAAGCCCGCAUUUAUGAAAAUCGCACAGUGGAAAGGUGGCAUUGUUCCUGUCAUGUACUGCAGAGUUCCAUGCAUCAAAAAAGGGGGCUUCGAUUUUCAUUCGAGGGAAAAUUGCAAGGCCAGGCUCUUUCUUUCAAGAUCACCUCAUAUACAUCUAAACAGACCAUUGUAGCCUGGAAUGGUUGCUCUUUCAAAUUGGAAUGCAGGAUUGACAUACAGCACAAUGGUCAAUUUCCACUGAUGCUCCUGGCUCUUCCUUUUUGAGGCAUUUCGCUUUCAUUUUUCGACACUGUCAUUGUCAUUUUGCUACAGGUAUCUUUUUUGGAAUGUAACCGUUAUCUCACAAGAUAUAGUAUUCAAUUUCAAGUUGA